CGUUCCCCGUGGCCUCUGUAGAAGAUGCAGUGCUCUGUAGCAGCAGCAUCAGUACCGGGGCGACUGAGCGGAGCUGCGCGGUUACCGACGACCUGGGGAAAAACCUCAACAACACCUCCCACACCGGCUCUCGGGGGCGCCAGCAUGGACGAGCAGAAGGAAUCCCUCCAGAAGAUCGUCACCACCUUGGCCCUUAAAAAUGAGGAGAUCCAGAACUUCAUUUGCUGCUUGAAGCAGAGUCUGCAGAACUUAGAGGCGAACUCCACGCGUGUCCAGGAGGAUCUGGAGUCCGAGUUCAGUUCUCUGCAUGCUGUGCUGGACGAGCUGAAGGAGGGCAUGGUGACCCGAAUCAAACAGGAGAGGGCCAGCCGCACGUAUGAACUGCAGAAUCAGCUGAGUGCCUGCACCAAAGCCCUGGAGAGUUCAGAGGAGCUGCUGGAACUGGCCAAUCAGACGCUCUGCUCGAAUGAGACUGACGGCUUUACUCAGGCGGCCAAAGACAUAAAGGAUAGUGUUACCAUGGCGCCAGCCUUUCGGCUCUCUCUAAAGGCUAAAGCCAGUGACAGUAUGAGUCAUUUGAUGGUGGACUUCACUCAGGAGAGGCAGAUGCUGCAGGCCAUCAAAUUCCUCCCAGUUCCUGCUACUCCAGAGAUCCAGGUGUCCGAGUGUCAGGUUUGUGAUAAUUCGGUCACUGUGGUGUGGACGCUACCAGAACCUGACUCUAAAAUCGACCACUUUGACCUUGAGUACCGGCGGACCAACCAUGAGGGACCGCCCAGAGCCCGAGAAGAUUACCCCUGGAUGGUGAUGGAGGGAGUUAAAGAGACAGAGUACACACUGACAGGCCUUCGGUUUGAUACGCGCUACAUGACCUUCCGGGUGAAGGCGUGUAACAAGGCUGUGGCUGGAGAGUUCUCUGAGCCGGUUACUCUGGAAACACAUGCUUUUGUUUUCAAGUUGGACGCAGGUUCAUCCCACCAGAACCUGAAGGUGGAGGAUUUGAGCGUAGAGUGGGACAGCAGCGGAGGAAAGGUUCCGGUUCAAGACAUCCGCAAAGACAAGAACCGAACCAGCUCCCCCAUGCACUCCCCCGCCAGAACGGCCAUGAUGUCUCCGAAGAGAGCGCCAUCUGCUCGGGUGGGUCGCGAUCGCUUCACAGCAGAGUCCUACACGGUUCUAGCUGACACUAUGAUAGACGCAGGACAGCAGUACUGGGAGGUGAGGUUUGAUAAGGAGAGUAAAACCUUCGCCGCUGGCAUAGCGCUGCGCUCUCUGGGCCGAUUUGACCAGCUGGGGAAGACCAGUGCGUCCUGGUGCGUCCACCUGAACAACUGGCUCCAGCAGAGCCUCACAGCCAAGCACAACAACAAGGCCCGCACACUAGACUGCCCCAUCCCUGACCGCAUCGGCAUCUACUGCAACUACGACGAGGGCACUCUGUCAUUCUACAACGCCAGAACCAAAACACUCAUGCAUACUUUUAGGACCAAGUUCCAGCAGCCGGUCAUUCCAGCCUUCAUGGUGUGGAACGGGAGCUUCUCUGUGCAGACAGGGCUGCAGGUGCCCAGCAUCGUCCAGUGUGGGCAGAAAAGGAACAGCAACACCAGCAGCUCUAACGCCAGCCUCACCUAACCUUCCAUCACUCCAGCCUCUGCCAGACCCCUACACCGCUGUAGAACUGUGGCCUGGAGCUCAGGCUUUUAGCAACUGAAGUGACCAGUCGCCUGAACUGGAACAUGCCUGGUAGUCCAUCCCACCCACAAUGCAUCUGGCCCUGGUGAGAGAGCUGUGGCAUCCUGCAGCUCAGCUUCCUGUGCCUUUAGCUUUCUGACUCCAGCCAUGGACAAGCGUGCUUCACAAACAGCCAGUGAGUUGCGUGAAUCACUGCAGGCCAGAACAUGGCACUGCAUUCUCCUGUAAGAGUUUUUCUUUUUAUUCCAGCUCCCGACAAGUUGGAAUUUCACCUCAAAAGUGUGACAAUUUCAUUAGGGUUGGGUGUGCUUAUUCGAAUAUACAGUUAUGCCAUCUCUGGCUUGUCUAGGUUUAAUUAAUCAGGUAUUUAAAUAGUUAACUAAUAAUCUCGUCUGUGUUUUUGACUGAGUGUGUGAGAAUGUGGCGACUCAAGCAGCUGAUACUGCGUUGUGCGCCAAGCCGAAUAGACACAUCUAAGCAGAGCUAACAUGACAAAACGUGACAGAUUUGUGCCAUUACAUAAUGUUCCAUAGGGAGUAAAUUAUGGCCCAAUCCCAUCUCACACCUCACCCCAACCACUGAGCCCUUAGCCCUCCGUUUGGCCCAUUCACGUCGAGGGGUAGGGGUCCCAAUUUUUGUUUUUUUUUUGAGAUAGAGGGUUAGGGCGAAGUGUUAGGGCUAUAUGGCCCUCCAAACUGUGGUUUUUCAGAGACUUCAAGCAGAGUAUUAUCAGAAAAAAGAAAGACCGACAAGACGGCUGAACAGAAGACCAAAGAAACCCACAAAUGUGAGGAUUUUCUCUGUUAAAUAUUACAGUAACUAUUGUUACCUUAGUUUAAUGCCUGAGUUUUAUGACCAUUUUCUACAUAACAAGCACAAAAAUUGCUAGUAGUUUGCUGAUGUUUUGGUAGCUAGCUACCAUACUUUCCCGUUCCGCCUUAAGUGGUUCUGACGUCAGAGGCACCAGAAUAUAACUGCUGCACCAUUUAAGGUGGAACAGGAGAAUUCAAAUAAUCGUGAUAAUAAAUAAUUGCCGCCCUCUUUGAAGGCAUAUGAUUCCCUAAAUGUAACUAAAGCCCAGCAGUGAGGAGCUGAACUUUCCCCUCCUCUGCUGUCCCUGCACCUACAUUUCAUAGAGGAAGAUUUCAACCACUACCCCUUAUAACUCAAAUCCAAGGGGCAAGGUGAGAAGGGGUAGGGAUAAAAAUAAGGAUGGGAUUGGGCCUGAAUCACAGCGGUUGGUCGCUGAAUCGGCCAAAUGAUCAGGUUAAGGAUCCUAUGCCAGUUGUACAAACUGCAGAGACCACCCAUAUGUUUAUUUAGUUUCCAGUCCAUUUUUCACUGUCAGAAAAAAACUGAACACUGAACGGAAAAUUACACAAGCUUCAACACUUAAAUAUCAAAACAUAUCAAAACUAUCAGUGUUUAAUUUGUUCACUCGUUCCUUUUGCGCACCUACUGAACCUGUUUCACUCCUCCAUCCUCACAAUCUUAAAACCAAACAUGUUUCAGCCGUGUCCUCCAGCAAGAGCUGUUUGCAAAAAGAAUCACUAACAUUAUGUAGACACCAAAAACACCAUCAGAUAAACAGCGUUGAAACACCGUCAGCUUUGAUCUCUCAGAGGGAGGAGAACAUCAAGCUGCUUCAGAUCUGAAAACAUCCACAGGUGUUUCUGUCCAUCCUUCCACUGUGAGAAGACCACUCAGCGCUGUGGGUCUGAAAGGAUGUGUAGCUGAUCAAGAAGAACCUCAC